AUGGCGAAUCGUGGCCACACACUUGAUCCGAACAUCUUUACCAUUCGUGAUUUGCAGGUCGCGGCUACUAACAAGUUGCCAAAAAUACUACAAUGGAGGAUCAAUGGACAUGAUCACGUACGCUUCCUGCAAAACUGCGACUUUGCAUGGGCUGGCUGGUUCUUCCCAAGACUGCGUGACAAUGAAGCUGCGUUCAAUCGCUACAAGAUCCGACCGCGGAUUCUUGACAAAGUGUCCAACAUUGAUACCUCCACAAGCAUUUUUGGAACCAAGGUGGCAUUUCCUCUUGGACUCUCCCCGGCAGCCAUGCACUCCAUGGCGCAUCCAGAUGCAGAGAUAGGCACGUCUCGCGCUGCAGCAAAAGCCGGAAUAUGCAUGGCGCUCUCCACCUAUGCGACAGUCUCCAUGGAGGACGUGAUUGCUCAGGGAGAUGCCAACCCGUACGCCUUCCAGAUGAGUUUGUACAAGAACAAGGAAGCCACAGAGCAGUUGAUUCGGCGAGCUGAAGCGGCGGGCUACAAGGCUAUCGUGCUUACGGUAGAUGCACCAGUUCUUGGUAGACGCCUCAACGAGUACCGCAACGCCUUUGAACCACCCAAGGGUACAAAGUUUCCCAAUCUGAGCUCCGACCCCUCGUUCAGUUUCGUAGAUGCCAGCAAGGACGGGCUGAUCAACGCGACGUGGACUGGGAAGACGCGAUAUCAUGGUUUAGGCAACGUACCAAACUCCAGCUCUGGCUCAAAGGAGUGUACACGGCGGAAGACACUGAGCUCGCCAUUCGCCACGGCCUCGACGGGGGUCAUUAUUUCAAACCAUGGCGGGAGGCAGCUUGAUGGAGUGCCGGCGACCCUAGACGCACUGAGAGAAUGUGCGCCUGUUGCUGCUGGUCAUAUCGGCAUUGCCAUUGACGGGGGCAUUCGCCGCGGAACUGAUAUCUUCAAGGCACUUGCGCUCGGCGCGCAGCACUGCUUUGUCGGACGUAUACCUAUCUGGGGCCUGGCGUACAAUGGUGAAAAUGGAGUAUCUCUAGCAAUCAACUUGCUACUAGAAGAGUUCCGGCUUGCAAUGGCCUUGAGCGGGUGA